AUGGUCGAGCUCGAGCUCAACUGGAGCACCGCCGUCAUAGGCUUCGCCGCAGUCUUUGCGGCUUCUCGCAUCAUCAACUACCUCGACUGCGACAAACGCACCGGGCACCUCCCUGGUCUGCGUUCGUUCGCCACACCGAUUUCCCUCUUUGGGACGAUCCUGCCGUCUGGCAGAUGGAACCCGGGCAGAAACUGGCAGUGGGAAACUCGCAAAGAAGUGUAUGCCCGCCAUGGUACCGAAACCAUCUCGGCCUUGCCGUACUGCUUCGGCGCGCCCAUCAUCUACACGUCCUCGCCUGAGGUGUCCCGCCAGCUCAUGUCCGUCAAGGAGUUCUUCAAGCAUCCAGAGAUCACGAUUCUCGCCACUAUGUGGGGCCCGAACCUGUUCUCCACCGACGGAGAGCAAUGGCGGCGCAUGCGACGGAUCAUGACGCCGGCGUUCAACCACUCAACCUACGUCACGGUGUGGGAAAACACCUCCCGCACGUACCGCGAGAUGACCUCCAACGAAGGAUGGGACGCGCAGAAGACGAUCGAGGUUCCCAACAUCACACGGCUCACCGCCAAGUUCACGCUCAUCCUCAUCUCGUGCGCCGGCUUCGGCUUCCCGCUCUCGUGGGACUUCAGCCAGGCGGAGGGCACGGACAAGAUGUCGUUCGGCGAGGCGCUCCACAUCAUCUCCGAGAACCUCAUCCUCCGCCUCGUCCUGCCGAACUGGUCCCGCCACCUGCCGGUGCAAUCGUUCAAGGAUCUGCACGAGGCGUACGAGAUUGCGGGCAAGUUCCUCCACACGCUCAUCGACGACAAGAGGCGCGAGUUCGCGUCUGGCGCAACCCCGGGCAACGACGUGCUGAGCCUCAUGAUCCAGUCGGCCGAGAGCGAGGGCAAGUCGAGCAUGACGGAUGAGGAGCUGACCGGCAACUUGUCAAUUCUGCUGCUCGCAGGGCAAGAGACAUUGGCCUUCACGUUGAAUGCCACGCUCGGAUACAUGGCGCUCUACCCGGAGUUCCAAGAGGAGAUGUACCAGGAAGUCAUGUCCGCAAUGCCCACAGCAGACGAUGUCACGCUCGCGAACUCCCACAAGCUGCGCAAGGUGCAGGCGUGCAUGCUCGAAGCCGCCCGCCUCUUCCCGGCCGUAUCGAUGAUGAUCCGGGACUCGUGCGAGGACAUCGUGCUCGAGCACGUCGGCCCGAACCGCGACGAGCGCAUCGCCGUCCCCGCCGGCACCCGCUUCGUCGUCGACAUGAUCGGUCUCCACCACAACCCGCGCACCUUCCCGGACCCCGAGGCGUUCAAGCCCGAGCGCUGGUACGACGCGCCCGAGAACGCGCUCACCCAGUUCUCCUUCGGCCCGCGCGUCUGCCUGUGCUUCCUCGCGCACCUCGUGCGCGACUUCCGCGUCGAGCGGCUCGCGGCCCCGGGCGAGUCGCGCGAGCGGUGGGAGGCGCGGUACAUGCAGGGCGCCAUGCCGCUGCGGCUCGUGCGCCGCGGGUGA